AGAACACACUUUGAUCUCACAUCCCAAGUAAAUUUGAGGAACCUGUUUCUCAUCAAUGGCUACCGUGCGAUCAAUACAGUGUUUGUUACGAAGGGUUUGCAGAGACAGAGGAAGUAGGAAUUUCGGGGUUGCCUCAGAACUCAAUGCUUCUUCGUCUUCCCAGACAAUCAUCGACAAGGAACAUGAACACAGUGCUCACAAUUACCAUCCAAUUCCCAUUGUAUUUUCUCAAGCAAAGGGAGCCUCUGUAUGGGAUCCAGAGGGAAACAAAUAUCUUGAUUUUCUGUCUGGUUACUCUGCUGUUAACCAGGGACAUUGCCAUCCUAAAAUUCUGAAAGCAUUACAAGAACAGGUAGAAAGGCUGACUGUGAGCUCUCGAGCUUUCUAUAAUGAUCGCUUUCCAGUCUUUGCCGAGUAUGUGACAACCAUGUUUGGCUAUGAUAUGGUACUUCCUAUGAACACUGGUGCUGAAGGUGUGGAAACAGCUAUGAAACUAGCACGAAAGUGGGGUUAUGAAAAGAAAAGAAUUCCCAAAGAUGAGGCAAUUAUUGUCUCAUGCUGUGGCUGCUUCCAUGGUCGUACACUAGGCGUCAUAUCUAUGAGCUGUGACAAUGAAGCUACCCAUGGUUUUGGUCCUUUACUGCCUGGCCUUCUUAAAGUAGAUUUUGGUGAUGCAGAAGCGUUAGAGAAAAUUUUUAAAGAAAAUGGAGAACGCAUAGCUGCAUUUAUUUUAGAACCUAUCCAAGGUGAAGCUGGGGUAAUAAUUCCUCCAGAUGGUUAUUUAAAAGCUGUUAGAGACCUUUGCUCCAAAUAUAACAUCUUGAUGAUUGCUGAUGAAAUACAAACUGGGUUAGGAAGAACAGGGAAGAUGCUGGCUUGUGAGUGGGAAGAAGUUCGCCCAGAUGUAUUGGUCCUAGGGAAAGCUUUGGGUGGUGGGGUUGUACCAGUUAGUGCAGUUCUUGCUGACAAAGAUGUGAUGCUUUGUAUAAAACCUGGACAGCAUGGAAGUACCUUUGGGGGAAAUCCGUUGGCUAGUGCAGUUGCAAUUGCCUCACUAGAAGUGAUCAAAGAUGAGAGGCUCGUUGAGAGAUCUGCCAAAAUGGGCGAGGAGCUUAUUCGUCAGCUGCUUAAGAUUCAGCAGCAAUACCCAAACUAUGUGAAGGAGGUCCGGGGAAGAGGAUUAUUCAUUGGAGUGGAGCUUAACGACACAAAUUUGUUCCCUGUAUCAGGCUUUGAGCUAAGUCAAAAACUGAAGGAUAGAGGAGUCCUUGCCAAGUCAACACAUGAUACAAGUAUCCGUUUUACUCCCCCACUUUGCAUAAGUAUGGAAGAGAUCCAGCAAGGUUCCAAGGCUCUGGCUGAUGCUCUGGAAACUGAUUUACCAAAGUUGCAGAAGAUGAAGCCAAAAGAUGUUGCUCCAGCUGCCCCUAGUGCAUGUGAUCGUUGUGGUAGAGUCUUGUAUGGUUAACCAGAUCAAGACGUAUAAAUUGCAUGUACCUUCAAAUUUUCUUUGGAAAAGGAUAUCACAUAUAGAAUGUUAUUUCUGUAUACACAAACCGCUGGAAACUGUAUCAAUAUUCGAUAACUUAUUAUGAAAUAAAAAAUGCGAUAGCAACAUUGGGAU